AUGUCUAUAUCCGUACCUCUCUUUAUUGUCGUCGUUACUUCCAUCUUCGCUUCUGUACCAAUGCCAUAUACCCAAACCCAACUUUCAUCGACAUUCGUGAUUGUUCUUUCUUCUCAUGUCAACGCGAAAUACCGACGUAGAAAUGGUUCUUCCGAUAUCGAUGAGCGUUAUUAUUAUUACCCUCUGUCGGCAUGGAGAGCUGAUGCGCCGGAGAAACAAGGUGCGAUUUGGGUGCGGUCCCGCGUCGGGAUAUUGAAGUUAGGAUUCCACAGGAUAUGUCGGAUAAAUCGAGUCGUUUCCCCGCCUUCGAAUUCCGGUUGCGAGCCUAAUUCGAAGGUCACCUUCACAGCGUUCAUCAGCAAUAUGGGCAAAGGAUUUGAUCAAUUCUCCCUCUCCAUGGCCAUUCACUCCACUUCCGUACUCGCCCCAACCGCAACCCGCGCAUACAGCCAACUCACCCUAAGCCUCAACCCCGACCCCUUACCCCGCCGAAAAUCAACCUGGGCAUCAGGGUGUAAAUGCCUCUUCAUAACCUCCUUCCUCUUCCUCGUCCUCUUCCUCAUCGUCACUUUUACCACCUACAUCAGGGGCGCACAUAAGUCGUUGAAGGCGUCUCAUUCGUGGUUGUAUCAGAAUGCGACGUGGGGAGAAGUGAGGGAGAGGGGGGCGGUGGUGCGUCCGGUGGUUGACUCGGAGCAAGGGUUUGAUGUUUUGGCUACUAUGUGGAUGAGGAAUAGGCACGGGGAGGAGGCGGGUGUGAAUGAGACUGUCGUUUUUUCGGGAAAGGUGUUUAAAGGGCUCAAGUUGAGUCGAAUGAACGUCCCCACGAGCAUAUUUAAACACAAGGAACUAAGCAACUACGAUCUACGCGCUUCGUUCGUUCUCAUACCCACUACACCAUCCCUACUCGACCAUCUCACGAACUACUCAUCAUGUUUACCGACGUCCAUGUUCCUCCCGCCAAGGAGAUCAUAUCCAGAAGCAUAUGAACGAACGAUGGUAGAGGAGGCCAUCGACUCGUUCGGCCUGUCGAUACCGCUGCUUGAAUUCGCCAACGUGCAUAGUCGGUGUGCAGAUGCUGUUGAUGUGCAACCUAGAGAAAGUGAUGGUUCGGAUGAAGAUGAAGAUGAGGAUGUUGAAUUGAAGGCAGCGCCUUCCCAUACUCAUGACACAGCUCCGUGUCGUGGACAUGACGAAGCUAUACAAGUCAACCGCAAAGCAUACAACAAGCUCCACAAGGACCUCAAAUCAGACGCUCACGAGAGCCAGCCGAUAAUCUACGAAGAGUACAUAAACCUCACAUGGAAACUCAGCUACUCUGGUGCCUCGCCCCGAAAUAUCAUACUCUCCGGCGCUUUGAGCUCAAGUCGAGAGUACAACAUGACGGAUACGGAGUAUAACAAAGCUAUGGCACAUCAUACCGCACAGUCUAUGCGUGAGCAUUCUGAAAUCCUUCCCUGUGGCCUGCAUGGACAUCAAUUCGAAGAAAAAAUACACCCCAGGCGGGUGUUCUUCCUCGAAAUAGUCAACAUCCCCGCCACCCUCCUCCUCGCCCUCUUCGCAUCGCUGCACUACGUCGUACUCAUCCUUUCCAACGGCCACGGUAAGAACUGGAGCGUGUUAAGGUUGUUCUGGGGUUUCGUCACUGCCCUCCCUUUUCAUAUGGCGUUACCGCUUGUGAUGGUGAAAGCGGUGACGAGGGAGGAGGUGAGGUGGCGCGGGUUUAUACCGCUUUUGUGGUUCGCACCUGCGACGCAUAGGGAAAGGGCGAGUGUGAGGCUUGAUGGGCAGAUUGGGUGGAGGUUGAAGUGUUUGCUACAAGGUGUGCGUGGGCAUGGAGCUCGUGAGGGUGUUGGUGAAGGUGGGGUUGGUUUUAGGGCUUGGGAGGGGUAUGAAGGUUGGGGAGGGGAAUUUGGUAUGAUGAUUUCGCGUCGCCGUAUGAGAUGCGAAAUAUUUAAUGCCGUGUUCAACAAAAUACGGCUACGUCUGCCCAUUCGAUGGUAUCCGACCCUGACUUUGUGCAGCAUCUUCACCGCCCCCUUCAAGGCUUCCUUGGCCUCCCUAACCAACUUCUUCUCGAUAAGCUGCGCGUCAACGCGGCCCGAAGAGGUUUGA